CCGCACGAUCCAGUUACUGUAGCUGCCUGCUGCAAUGAAAAUAUCUUCGUUGGUGGGUGGAUAUAUGGGCCCGCUUCCAUCAUUUGUUUCCCCAAAUACUGACUGAGUAAAAGCGAGCCAACUGGAGACGUCAUGAGGCGAGUGAUAUGGCUCACAGCUGGCAUUUGUCUCUCGGGAGCCAACAGCUGGCCGCCUCAUGCCAUCCUGUAGCCGGGCCCUCGCUCUCUGAGCUCCACGCACGUCAUGCAACAUACCUUUUGACUUCAUGAAGAUCCCUGACAUCGGUGAUGUAAUGAAUAAAUUUGAAGUCCUUGGGAUCGUGGGUGAAGGUGCCUAUGGUGUUGUUUUGAAGUGCCGACACAAGGACACCAAUGAAAUUGUGGCAAUUAAGAAAUUCAAAGACAGUGAAGAAAAUGAGGAGGUUAAAGAGACAACGCUCCGGGAGCUUAAGAUGCUCCGCACCCUCAAGCAGGAGAACAUUGUUGAGUUGAAAGAGGCCUUCCGCAGGAGAGGAAAGCUCUAUCUCGUCUUUGAGUAUGUGGAAAAGAACAUGCUCGAGCUGCUUGAGGAGCUGCCUAACGGUGUGCCGACGGAGAAAGCUCGCAGCUACAUCUACCAGUUAAUCAAAGCAAUUCACUGGUGCCAUAAGCAUGACAUUGUUCAUCGGGACAUAAAGCCAGAAAACCUUCUCAUCAGCUCUGAUGACGUACUCAAAUUAUGUGACUUCGGCUUUGCACGUAAUCUCUCUGAGGGGACUGAUGCCAAUUACACCGAGUAUGUGGCCACUAGAUGGUACCGCUCUCCUGAACUUCUGCUUGGGGCUCCUUACGGGAAAGCCGUGGACAUGUGGUCAGUGGGCUGCAUCUUAGGAGAGCUGAGUGACGGGCAGCCUCUGUUCCCAGGGGAGAGUGAAAUUGACCAGCUCUUCACCAUCCAAAAAGUGUUGGGACCCCUGCCACCAGAGCAGAUGAAGCUCUUCUAUAACAACCCCCGCUUCCAUGGGCUGCGGUUCCCUGCUGUGAACCACCCCCAAACCUUGGAGCGAAGAUACCUCGGUAUCAUCGGUGGAGCCCUGCUGGACCUGCUGAAGAGCCUGCUGCUGCUGAACCCGACGGAGCGCUUUCUCACAGAGCAGAGCCUGAACCACCACGCCUUCCAGACCCUGCGGCUGGUAGAGCGGCCCGGCCCACCCACACCAACACCUGUACGCUCCUCCAAGAGAAAACCUCACCAUGGAGACAACACCACCCCCAGCAGGAGCCAUGGGGGAAAGAGCUCAGGAAGCCACCGCUCCAGCAGCAGAGAGUGCUCCAGCUUGCCUCGGCACGAAGACCUCCACCCCAGCAACGACGGCUUUCUCAACGGCAACAUGCCCACAGCAAUCAACCUCAGUCCCACCCUGCAUCCUAAAAACUACCAGCCGCAGAUCUAUAACCACUCCACCUCGUGCAACAUGGACCUGGCCAGCAGCAACCUGCCUCAUCUGCUCAGCCCCGGCGAGGCCAAGAGCAAGGGCGACUUGGGGUCCAAGAUGUCCGACGGCCCCGGAGCCAAGUACCUCAAAUCCAACUUCCGCUCGCAGCAGAACCGCCACUCUUUUGUGGAGGGGAAGAACAACACGCUUCAGUCAGGGGAGAAACACAGUCGACACAGCUACAUGGAGUCUCACAGCUCCACGCCGUCCUCCUCUAAGUUCGCCUACUUGAACUUGUCAAAGAGCUACGGCACGCUUAGCGAUGCCAAGUCAGUGGGGAACUUGAAUGAUGUGCAUCUUUAUGCUGAUGAGCCCACGUCUCGUUAUUUCCCCUCCAGCUGCCUUGACCUCACAGCGCCGAGCAGCCCGGCAGCCCGCCGAGUUGACAGACUGGGACCCGGCGCUGCUGGCAGGGGAAGCACGCGCUCGGAAAGAGAGAGCAACACGCUGGACUCGUCAUACAGGCGCUCCUCCACUCGCCACAAGGCCUCAGAGGAGUCCCAGUCCCCAGACGCCCUGGACCCAGGGGAAAGUGGCAUGGAAAGGAGCCACGCUCAUUCUCUGUCCGCCCCGCACGACCCUCUGGCUUACGGUCAGGGAUACACCAGCCCCUUCUCCUCCCAGCAGCGGCCACACCGCCACUCUAUGUAUGUAAGGAGGGACCACCAGAGGACACACGGAGGGGAUGAGGGGUUGUUGGUGGGGCAGGGAAUGCCCACCAGAGCCAGCAGCCUGCAGCUCCUGUCUCCACAGCUGCAGCACCGCACACUGCCUCGCCACUCUGGGGGCUCGUCCAGAGAAGAAGACAUGAGCAGGAGCGAACAGGCACCCACUGAGGUCACCCACAGCAGACCCCCAAUAAGGGACUCCACAAGGGACAACACCGCAUCUUUUCACACACAGCGGCAAAAAAACGAGGUUGGCUUAUAUCACGACCAGCAAACAGAAGAUGGGGGCUCUUCCAAAGAGAACCGCAACAUCUACAGCGAAUCCAUGCCUAGGAGGGUGGGCAGCUUCUACAGAGUCCCUUCUCCCCGGCCAGACAACUCCUUCCAUGAUAGCAGGAGUCAGAGGUCAGGGGAUGGCAGCAACAUGACCAACCACUCCAAACGCCAGCCAGCCUUUGACCCCUGGACCGGCCCAGACACUGUAGUGUUGAACCCCUCUGAGCCAUCCAAAGAAAAGGAAAAGCAGGGUUUCUUCAGAGCAAUAAAGAAGAAAAAGAAAAAAUCUCAAAUGAUGGAAGUCCCUGAUGGAAGACCUCCUGUCAUCAAGAAAUAUCUUUUCCCUCUGUUUAGCCCAAAGAAUAACAUAAAGUAUAGUUCCUCUGUGAGAGUCCUCCCUGUAGUAUCCUCUCCCAUGAUUCCUAACGACGGGGUAGAUACAGUCAUCCAGAAGUCCUCCAGGUCCUCAGGUCACCAGAGCAGCCGCCACAGGUCUCGUGACAAGAGCAGAGACCGGGACCAAGACCGAGACCGAGACAGGGACAAGGACUGGCCACCUGAGAAACUGUCUGAUUCACACUCGCCGAGUCAGCCACUGAAGUCUUUGCGCAAGCUACUGCACCUUUCAUCCUCGUCCUCCAACCAGACCGCACCCUCUGACAUGCGCUACCAGCCGCUGCCUAAUCAAGCCUCUGCCCAAGGUGGUUUUACUGAAAGUCGGGGUCACUCAGGGGUCAGUACACCCCAGCUGAAGAGCCGACAGUCAGGCUACCCGCUGCCUGGACAGCUGGAGUCUGGCUGGCACACGUCUGCCCUGGGCCGCCCCGAAGGCAACCCUUACCCAGAGCAAAUGAGCAUCAAGGGGGGCCAGAACGGGCACGGCUUCGGACGCCCCUCCAGGUCUCGUAUGCCAAACCUCAACGACCUGAAAGAAACGGCUCUGUGAUCUCUACUCUGCAGCUCUCAGAUCCACUUUAAACUCCUCUGUUUGCCCCUCUGUUGCUCCCCCACCUCCCUUGCAUAACACUUCAUCUGCUGAUCACACACACACACACACACACACACACACACACACACAAACACACAAGAUACCAAACCUUCAGUUUAAACACUGCUUGCAAACAGGCCAAAAGCCUUUUUAUGUCUUAAUGUUUUUUUAAAGCUUCCAUGUUUGAUAGACUUUAUAUUAUUACUUCUGUAAUUCUGAUUAUAAUUUGUAUCAUACAGUAAAUACAUUACAAAUUAAAUAUAUAUAUAUAAAUGGAUAGAUAAAGUGUAGAUUUUAAGUGUAAGUAUUUUUGUUUCUAUUCGAUAUAGAGAUAUAGUACAUUUUACUGCGUAGUAUUUCCUUAAAACUAUCUAAGGCAUUCUAAACAAACCAAGUUUUAUCAGUUGUUACGAUAGAGAUCGUUACAGUAAUGUCAGUAACUCGUGUUCAUCUCACCCGGGAUUGUAUCUCUUGGUCCGAGCUGUCCUGCUUUUGGAUGUGCUCUGUCAUACUGGUCACAGAUGCUCAAACGUCAAAGCAGUCUUGUUCUUGAACGUGUAGCUGUUGACACUGACAAUCUAUAAAGCUUAGAUUAGAUUUUUUUUUUUAAGUAUAUCUAGGUUUUCAUGUCUUUUUAAAAAAAUGCAGCCAUUUUAGACACUACAGUGCCAUAAACUGACAGAAAUCCUAACCUACAUCGCCCUCUGUAGGACAUAAUAAAGCACUGCAUUUACUCUCUCUGACUGAGAUUACAGCAUACUAACACAAGGCACUGACUUAUCAUGCAUCAUUUUCAUAUAUACUAUGAAAACAUAUAAAAUUAUCUAAACUAUGGUCGCACCUCAAUCACGUCCAAUAGAAACAAACAUAGCAACACCGUAUAACAGAAUAUACCGAAGGUCUUUUUUAUAGUGAUGUAAUCUAAAAUUCAUUUCUUUAAACACUGAAAUGUGUGUGUAUGUACAAGUGUUACGAAGCAUCCUUAUUGGUGAAUCAUACAGACAUACAUUUUGAUAGGUUGCGCUGUUUUGAGCAACUUUAAGGAUCCAGUUUAUGGCAAAGGACAUCUGAAAUGAAAGGAUGAUAACUUCCUUCACUACCAGGAGUCAAGGAAGUCUUUUUGUUUCUCAUUUCUUGCAUAAAGAUUUCUAACAAAAAAAAAAAAAAAAAAAAAGCUCCCUCUAAGUAGUUCUGCCUGUUUAAUGCAGUUAAAGAAAUGUGCAAAUACAUUCAAAAUAUUAUAUACAGUUUAACUGCUGUAAAAAUGUAUAAAACGUGAAAUGCAAGUUGUUGUUUUUUUUUCCUAAUCGUUGUUAGAAACUUAAUUUUUACAGCAGUUAAAUGAACUCAAAAGCCAUUCUGGGUGUACUAGUUCAUUUUAACUGAUCUGACACAUUGAGCUACUUACAUUGAGCUUUUAAAGAAAUCUUAAAGCACAGCCGGGGCCGACGCUCUGCGCUGUCACAUCGUUUUCUGUCUGAGAUAAAGUGCCAUGAUAGUAGCUCGGCAGAAAAUUCCAACCUAAACUUUUUAAACGUUGCACUUUGAAGAGACCUGUGUGUUUCAGCAAUAUUGCUCCGACUCUGUAAAUUCUUCCUCACGUCCAUGUUCUUCGUGUGCACAGUGUGUGGAGACUUGACGUUUCGGGCUCCCACAGUAAACACACUUGAGUCCAAACAUGACCGUAAUCGUAUUGUGCGUGGUGCAUCUGUGAGGACUGUGCACACUCUUGUACUCGACACAGUACGUUUUCUCUCUUUGGAUUAAUGUUUUGCUGAAAGGAACACCGUGUAUUAUAUUAAUACUGAUGUGUGACUACUCGUUUGGUAAUAUUUAUAACAGAAGAUGUUUAUCUCAACUGUUUAAAUGAAAUCAAGUAUUAAGUUUGUGCUUUUAUUACAGACACAAAUUAGUAGCAUAGUCAGUGUUUUAUCUGCUUUUUUUUCCAACAGAGCAUUUACAUAAGAACAUAAAUCCACAAAUGAAUGCUUAACAAUUUUAGAUUAUUCAUGUUUACAUAUGUAACAGUAAAUCUCAAAUAAAACAGACUC